UACUCUGAGUCAUCAUUCUGAGUCAAAAUUUCCGACCUUUGGCUUGCAUAGGCAUCUCACAAACUACCUCAGUGUUCCUAGUAUCUACUGUGAAUCGAGCACGCAGCAGAAAGGUGUCGUUGUCCUUUGCGGGGUAGCAUUGAUGUUUUUAAGUUAGAUUAGAUGUCAAGACUGUAACCGGAUAGAUACAUCAGUUAUAGAAACACCACUUUCGAAGUACGUGUAACGGCAAGUCCACUCCUAGCUUUGAGAGUUAUUUGUACCAUGUGAGGUUGCAAGCCUUCGACAUCAGUCGCUGCCAUACCACGUCUACCACCGGAAUCUAUCACUAGCGCUCAACAAGACCCGAUUCAAUUGCAGGAAUUCGGGGACAAGUGACCAUGAAGGGAGUGUUCAAUAUUGCAUUCCGAAUUAUAACACACAACAUUCGGUAUGCUGUUUCUACGCCGUCGCCUGGAGAAGUGGCAUGGAAUCUUCGAGUGCCCGGUAUAAUCAACGAACUUCAUUUCAACACACUAUACAACCCAGAAGCAUUCAUAUGCUUACAAGAAGUCCUGCACGGUCAGCUGGUGGACGUCUUGAACGGCUUGAAUCGGAAUCAUCCAUAUGGCAUGGGUUCCGGCUCGCCUCCAUGGGCUUACAUCGGCGUUGGGCGAGACGACGGUGAAGAGGGCGGCGAAUACUCCCCGAUCAUCUAUCGACCAUCUAUAUGGAAGUUAGAACAUGCAGAAACCGUCUGGCUUUCCGAGACACCCCAUAAACCAUCGAAAGGAUGGGAUGCCGCCACGAUCCGGAUCCUGACCAUCGGGCGCUUUCAACAUCGCAAGAGCAAGGUCCGAGUGGUGACGAUGAACACGCAUCUUGAUCACCGAGGCUCGACAUCUCGGCUGGAAUCUGCGAAGCUCAUCGUCCGUCAGAUCAAAAAGCAGAUAUUGAAAGGGUCGAUUCCCGGUCUACGACUCAACGACAAUCAUCGAUAUAAGGAAGUUUUACCAGUGAUCCUGGCCGGGGACUUCAACAGCGAACCGACACAGGAGGCAUACAAAGUCCUCACAUCGGACGAUUCUCCCGUGCAGGAUCUGCAGAGUCUGACGGCGGACGAGAACCUUUAUGGUGACAAUCACACAUUCACGGGAUUCACUGACGAUGAGUGGCCGACGAAGCUGGACUUCUUGUUCGUCGGACCAAAGGGGUACGAUGGUGGCGGGCUGGAUUGGGAUGUCCGGAGCUAUGCAGUGCUACCGAACCGAUUUGAAGCCGGUAUCUAUAUCAGUGAUCAUAGAGCCGUCGUUGGUGAUAUUGUGCUUUCUAUACCGAAGACGCGAAGAUCCUUCUAUCCGGGAUGACGUCAAACGCUCAAGACAUGAAUUCCAUCACCAUCAAUCAAUGUGCCGUAUCGGGGUGUACUACAUCAGAUGAAUUUGCCUGGUCUGGUCUACAGUAUUAACAGGACAUUGUUCUUGGACAAUUGGACUUUUCUGUGGCGAGCAUCUUGAUGAACCGAUGAAAACCUCCGAGGAAGUGACAGUUCAGUGAAUUCAUGAUUGUCAAAUGUCACCAGAUGAACGAAACACACCACAGCAGGGCUCCUCCCCUCCAUGCCCCGCCUUUGGCUCGCUC